CCGCACGCUCCCUCACCGUCCGUCCUCCUCGCCGCGCGCUCCUGCCGCAACAGCAGCCCACCGUGCUGCCUCAGUCGGCCGCGCCAGUCGCACGCAGUCAGGCCCCAGGCUAGCAGACCCGCAGCCACCCGAGCCGAGGUCGUCGUCGUGGCGGGCGCGCCAGCGUGCACCGCUCGUGUGCGAGCCGACUUAGCACCGCGGCCGCCUCGUCGCAGCACCCUGAGCCAGACACUCCUCUGUGCGCUCGUGGGCGCCUCACUGCGCGCGCCAUGUCGGCGCGCAGCAGCAGCAUCGGCAGCCCUGCGGCGCUGCACACGGCCGGCGCAGUGCCGCACAUCGCCCGACCUGUGUCCAGCGCCUCGUCGCCGGCGUCGUCGUCGCGCGCCGCGAGCGUCGCCUCAGGCUCGGCCCUGCCUGUGCGCACGGCGUGCGAGUCUUGCCGCACGCGCAAGCUCAAGUGCGACGGCGUGCAGCCGGCGUGCUCGCGCUGCUGCGACGACGAGCGUCCGUGUGUCUUUGCCACGCGCAAGCCCAUCGGCCGGCCGAAGAAGCGCAAGGGCCAGGAGGCGUCCAGCUCGCAGCCCGACAGUGGCGCGCAUGUCGAGGCAGCGGCCAAGCGAGUCAAGGCCGAGGCCGCUCAGCGCGACUCGAUGCCACCAAGCCAGGGCGUCGCCCGAGCCUCGUGCUGCUCCCAGGUGCCGGGCGACUCGCGGCCAUCUCCUGCGACUUCCUCCUCGUCGCGCAUGACUGUCGAUCCGCGCGAGCUGGCGGCCGGCAUGGCACUCUCGCCGCGCUCCACGGCCUCCUCGUCGCGCACGAGCGUCAGCGGCGAGCAUGCACUGCUGCGUCCGCCACAGGACGAUGCGCGGCUCUCCACGUCGCCGUCGCUCGACAAUCUCGCCGUCGCGGCCUUUCUCAACUCGCUCGACUCGCUCGAGAUCGGCAGCUCCGACGGCCUGACCUCGGGCAUGCUCGAUGCAUGGACAGCAGCGCCGCCGCAGUCUCCGAGCAUGCAAGGCGGCGCCGGCGGCCCGAGUGGGUCGUGGGGCUUGCCUUGCAGCGUAGUGGAUAACGACGUGUCGUACGCAGUGCCGGCGGACUUUUCCUGGUGGGCGCCAGACUGGCUCGACAAUGUGCCGCCGCCGCCGCCUCCCGGCGGCAAGGGAAGCGCUCCUCUUGCCGCCAGUGCACAGGCUGCGGCCCUGCGGUCAGACGCCUCGUCUUCAUCAUCCACCUCGACGUGGCCGAGGGGCAAGGACGCGGGCAUGGGCAGCGGGCGUAUCGAGACGGAGCAGGGCGCCAUUCUGGAAGGACAGGGCUGGGAGCAGGAGCCAGACCCCAAGCUCGUCCAGCCAGCAGAGGCAAAGCCGUGCGAGGUCACCGGUGCCGCGACAUGCUGCUGCGGCAGCAAGCCGAGUGCAGCGCCUGCGUCCGACGCCCCGCCUGCCACACCUGCCGCUGCCGCUCCGAGCGCCAAGGGCAAGCAGCGGGUGCACUGCGUGCCGAAUCCCAGCGGCAAGGGCUGCACCUGUCUCUGCGACGUGUCUGUCGCCUUGCUCAACGUCCGCGGUACGCUGCGUGCCGCUGCUUCGCCUGGCGCAGCCGCUACGGCAUCCGCGCCGGCCGCCUCGCAGUCGGCCGGGACCACGCUGCACCUCACGCUCUCGGCCUCGCAGGCCGUGGCAGCGCAGUGCGCCUGCAGCGCCGACUGUCCGACGUGCCGCUCGGACCCCUCGACGCAGCUCUCGGCGGGCCUGCUGAUCUCGACGGCGCUGCAGAUCUACGCGCGUGCCGUGUCGACGCUGCGCCGCGGCUUUGGCGCCUCGAGUCCGUCGUCGUCGACGUCUUCGGCGCAGAGCGCCUCGGGCGCGCCGGACUGGGACAUCCGCAUCGGCGGCUACACGCCGAGCACGACGAAUGCGCGCCGCAUCGCCCUCUUCGCGAUGAAGCUCGAGCUGCGCGACCUGCGGGACGCCAUCGGCAAAGUCAGCCGCCUCGCCGGCAUUCGUUCGCCGCCUGCCGACGACGCUGCGACUGCUAGCGGCGCUGUGCCUGCAGCAUCGGCAGACGCCAUCAACCCCGUCGACCAGAUUGUCAUUCGCAAGCUGCACCAGCAGCUCGGCGAGCUGCUCCGCACCGUCGAGGCGCUCGAGGGCCAGGACUAGCCUGGGACUGCCUGCAUGCGCCCCACACUGCUGUAUCACACACCACCGCUCCCACUGUCACCGUUUCACGUUCCACAGCGCCGGGUCGUGCUCGCGAGGCGACGGCGCAUGUGUUAGCCUCGCUGUGGCGUGCGACUUGGCGAGCUCUUGGACGGUGUUGGAUCGGACCCUGAGCGGUCAGGUGUGCAGCGAAGGCGUGCUUGCAUGAACGCAGAGCAGCUCUGCCAAGCGCCACCAUGUGCUUCGCGCCGCUCCCCGGCCCGCUGCUGCGCUGCUGCGGCUGAGUACUUGCAUGCUGCGAGCUGAGAGUGCUCUGAAGUGGACGGCGGCGCUGGACGUUUUGAC